GCGUGCGUUCCCUUUCUCUUCGGGCUUAGGAUGUGCGGUACGUGUUUGGCGUCGUGGGCAUCCCGGUGACCGAAAUCGCCCUUGCCGCCCAGGAGCUGGGCAUCAGGUACAUCGGGAUGAGGAACGAGCAGGCGGUGAGUAUGGACGCAGGUGGCCAAGGGCAUUGGGGGAACGAUCAGUAAACGCCAGCCGCGCACUGCAGAUACCCAGCGUUUACUGCUAUGUAAUACUUUGCACCCAUGAAUCACUAUUCAUGUUUUAUCUGUUGUUUAUCCUAGUUGACAGAUGAGAAAAGUGAGGGGCAGAGAGAUUAAAAACAGUUUGCCCCAUGACUCCGUAAUGACAGAGCCAGAAUUUGAACUCAGGUAUUCAGUGUAUGAAUCCUUGCUUGCCCUACUGUAUUAUAUUGAGCCUUGACAAGUCUAAGUUUCAGAAUUGGAAGGGACAUUUUUUUCUUGUUUUGUUUUGUUGGACCAGGGUCUCACUAUAUAAUUCAGGCUAGCCUUGAACUCACCAGGAUCCUUCUGCCUGAGCCUCCUGAGUGCUGGGAUUACAGGUGUGUGCUGUCACUCCCAGGUAGAAGGGACAAUUUCUGAGUGCAGUCUCACUUCCCUUUUAGGCUUUGAGUUCCAGGAGAGCAGCGAUAUUAUUUCUACACUGCACACCUGUAUCGCUGGAGCCUGGUUUGGUGUCUGCACAUAAGUGUCCGUAUGAGAGAGCACCAUAGGAUGAAUGAGUGAAAGCCAAGUAUCACGAUAUGUAACGGAUGAGGGGCAACAUGAAGGAUAUCACAGACUGCUUCUUAUGCUGCCUCUGCAGUUGGAUAUCUGACUGGCAGGCCAGGAGUGUGCCUUGUUGUUUCUGGCCCAGGUCUCAUCCAUGCCUUGGCUGGUAUGGCCAAUGCAAACAUGAACUGUUGGCCCCUGAUUGUGAUUGGUGGUUCCUCUGAAAGAAAUCAAGAAACAAUGGGAGCCUUUCAGGAGUUUCCUCAGGUUGAAGCUUGUAGAUUAUAUAGCAAGUUCUCUGCUCGGCCAACCAGCAUAGAAGGUAUUCCCUCUGUCAUUGAAAAGGCUGUGAGAAUCAGUAUCUAUGGUCGUCCAGGUGCUUGUUAUGUUGAUAUACCUGCAGAUUUUGUGACCGUCCAGGUGAAUGUGAACUCUAUAAAGUAUAAAGAGUGCUGCAUGCCACCUCCUGUUACCAUGGCAGAAGCCUCUGCUGUUUGUCUGGCAGCAUCUGUUAUUAGGAGUGCCAAACAGCCCCUUCUUGUCAUCGGGAAAGGUGCUGCUUAUGCACAUGCAGAGGAAAAUAUCAGGAAAUUGGUGGAGCAAUGUAAAUUGCCAUUUUUGCCCACUCCUAUGGGCAAGGGUGUUGUCCCUGACAACCACGCAAACUGUGUAAGUGCAGCCAGAUCCAGAGCUUUGCAGUUUGCUGAUGUGAUUGUCUUAUUUGGUGCCAGACUAAAUUGGAUUUUACAUUUUGGACUGCCUCCAAGAUAUCAGCCAGAUGUGAAGUUUAUCCAGAUUGAUAUCUGUGCAGAAGAAUUGGGAAAUAAUGUAAAGCCUGCUGUGACUCUGCUAGGAGACAUAAAUGCUGUUGCUAAACAGCUUUUAGAACAAUUUGAUAAGAUACCGUGGCAGUAUCCUCCAGAAAGCAAGUGGUGGAAAAGAUUGAGAGAAAAAAUGAAGAGCAAUGAAGCUGCAUCCAAGGAAUUAGCUUCCAAAAUAUCUCUGCCUAUGAAUUAUUAUACAGUGUUCUACCAUGUUCAAGAACAAUUGCCCAAAGACUGUUUUUUGGUAAGUGAAGGAGCAAAUACCAUGGACAUUGGACGCACUAUGCUUCAAAACUACCUUCCUCGUCACAGGCUUGAUGCUGGUACUUUCGGAACAAUGGGAGUCGGUUUGGGAUUUGCUAUUGCAGCUGCUCUGGUAGCUAAAGAUAGAAGCCCCGGGCAGCGGGUCAUCUGUGUGGAGGGAGACAGUGCAUUCGGGUUUUCUGGCAUGGAAAUGGAAACCAUCUGCAGGUAUAACUUGCCAAUCAUAGUCUUGGUGGUGAACAAUAAUGGAGUUUACCAAGGUUUUGAUGCAGAUACUUGGAAAGAAAUAGUAAAAUUUCAAGAUCCUGUCACAGUGGCCCCUCCAAUGUGUCUCCUGCCAAACUCACAUUAUGAGCAGGUCAUGACUGCAUUUGGAGGCAAAGGAUAUUUUGUACAAACACCAGAAGAACUCCAAAAAUCCCUGAAGCAGACCUUGGAAGACACAACUAAACCUUCUCUUAUCAAUAUCAUGAUUGAGCCACAAAGCACACGAAAGGCCCAGGGGCUUGCAGCUACGAGUUUGCCUUUAAUCUCCGAGGAGACUUUGGACUUGGACUUUCAGCAAUGCUGAAACUGUUAGGACAUUGGCAACUCUUAGAGACGGACUAAAUGGCUUCUGUGUAAGGGAAUGUACAUGAGCCUUUGGGGGCCAGGGGCGGAAUGCUAUGGUCUGGGUCUGGAUGUCCCCCAAAGCCUCACAUGGUCAGAGGUGGCUGAAUCUGGAAGGUGUGAUGCUGGGAUUAAGGGCAUGUGAUUAUUAAACCAUUACACAGGAGUGAGUGGUUUAGCACUGUCCUACUCCCCAGUAGUCUGGAUGGGAUAAAAGAGGCAGAAGCUGUCUUUUGUUGCCUUUGCUACCUUGUGUGUGCCCUGUUGUUCCUCCUCUGCGAGGGCUGUUUGUCAUUCCUGUCUUGGAGCCAGCCAGCUAUGGACUGAAAACUCCAAACUAUCAGCCAAAUAAACCCCUUCCCGUUUAACUUUGGAUAUUGGGUAUUUUGUCUCAGCAACAAGAGAAAAAUAACUAACACAGUAACCUUACUUGAUAACAUGCUUCACGGAAACAGGGUUAGCCUUAAUAUGUAAUCAUAUACCACAUACUGACAUUUUUUUCAGUGAUAGGCCACAUAUGUGAUAGUUCUCCCAUAAAAUAUAAUGGAGCUAAAAAAUUCUUAUCACCUAGAGAUGUAGCCAUUGUAGCUUAACAAUACAGUCUAUUACUUGUAUGUUUAUGGUCAUGCUGCUGUAAAAAGAAACCUGCAUUGCCAGUCAUAUAAAUGUACAGCACAUAGAAUUGUGAAUAGUACAUAAUACUUGAUAAUGAUAGUAAAUGUCUGUGUUACUGGUUGAUGGAUUCAUUAUAUAUACUUUUUAAUCAUUAUUUUAGACUGUACUUUUACUUACAAAUGUUUACUAAACAGUAUGCCAUAUUGUAUGGGCAGCUGCCUCCUACAUCUCAUAUUUAUUGAAUCUCUUAACUGUAUCAUUUGUUGUGCUUCAUUUAAUUUCUUGUGUUUUGUUCAUCAUGGCCCGCAUACCACGUAGCCAAUGUGUAUAAUAGGCUAUAUACCAUUUGGUUCAAUUGCUUCUCGGCCUUUUGGCUAAGAUCAAGUGUAGUACCAUUUGGUUCAUUUAAAUCUAUUCUGUGAUAAUGCCACAUCGAUGAAAUAGCUUAAUGAUCCAUUUAUCAGAAUAUAUCCCCAUUGUUAAGCAGUACAUGACUGUAAAAAGAACUGUUACAGAUAAGGAAGUUUUAAUGUACCAGAAAAAUAGACAAAGGUCAUGAAUAUAAAAUUCACAAAAAAAGUACAAAUGGCUGUAGGAAAAUAGAUGCCUUUAGACCAUAAUGGUGAAGGAAAUGAAUGUGACACACAGCUUAAAUAUCACAUAGUUAAAUAUCACAUAGUUUCUCUCAUAUGAAAAACCCAAAGUAGGGGCCGGGGAUUUAACUCAGUGGUUCCGGCACCUGCCUUGCAAGCGCAAGGUCCCAAGUUCGAUCCCUGGUACCAAAAAGAAAAACCCAAAGUAUAAAUAA